AUGUAUAUAUUCGUCCUUCACAUCUCGUUGUCGCAUGCGGCUUCGAUCAGCUCUUGUUCACAAGCUUUGAUCAGUGAUGAUCUCGCAAGAUGUACAAUGUCAAAGCAGUUUUCUGCAAGAGACCUGCCAAACAUCCAAAAUUCUUCGCAUAGGAAAACAACUAAAAGAACCCUAGGAGAACUAGCAAAUACCGUGGCUUAUUCUUUACCAAUUACAUGUAGUAAAGCACUUGAUGAAGGACUAAUAGAGCCAACCGUCAUCGAGCAGUGUCGAUCCCAGGUCCCGAUACCACAGACGCAUCCCACGUACCCUUACGGUUACACCUACGAGAGCGGCUACUUGGAUACUAGGACACCAAUUCAACCUGUCCACCCCGGAACAACACCUGUUCCUGGGAAACAGUCAGUUCCAGCUCAACCCGUUCCCCAAUAUGGCUACCCACAGUGGCCAGGGUAUGCGAUUACCAGGAGUAAUAGUCAGCCUAGUGCUCCACCAGCAUAUUCUCAAUGGCAGCAAUACGGCACCUACAGUGCUGGUAGUUCCUAUGAGAGUCAACAAGGAAUUUCACCACAAGUCUAUAACCCUUCAAUUCCCAUGAGCGGCUAUGGCUUUUACACAACGGUACCCCCUCAAUCAACUACUCUACCCACCAGUGUCAUUCCAUUAGCUCCACGGGCUCAGACUCCUUCGUAUAAAUCCCCGAAUAAUCACGGAUAUCCAGCCGACUAUCGAGAACAGACCCGCCGUCCGUACACCAUCGGCAAAUUUGGAACAUGUGAGUUACUGAUACCGUGUUUUGAACAAGAUAUAUUUCCCAUUACUUGGACGUUGUAUGUAACGGCAAUGUACGUUGCACAAUUAUGGCCUACCACUAAAGUAACAACGUUGCGUACAAAUAGCAAGUUGUGGAAAAUGCAUCCCCUCAAACCAGACAAUACUCGAUUUCAGUCAGAGAAGUAA